GGUGUAGUGAUAUGUCAGAGAGUUGUUUUUUUUCUUGUUAGAGUGCAUGUAGGUAGAGGGCCAAUUAGCGCUGUCCAGGCAGAGGAUCAGGGGUUAUGCAGCUGCAUCGGGGGAAAAUGAAAACUCCUCCUAGAAGCUUUAUUCAGUGCUCUGCUGGACACUGAUAGAAGUCACAAGACUGCUCUAACUGCUGAUGAGAAAAGGUAUUUUGCAGUUUAUAUUUACUAAAAUAUUUGCAUUUCCAUAGUUUGUGUACUGUGGGAGACCAGAUAUAGUGAAUGCAGGGUCCUGGG